UCCGAAUAUGCACCACGGGACCAACAUUUCCCACGAAGAAGCCGCCCAUCCAUCCAGGCUAACCUCAGCUAGCAGACAACGUAAACAUUGGCACAGCAUUAGCAAGACUCGGACGUUUAAACUCUUUUUUGGCACAUUUUUUCUUGAUCCGUUUACAAUAUUAUGUGGUAGCCUAGAUAAAAUGUAAUAUUCAGCUAUGGGCGUUUGGAUUUGUGUUUUUUUAACGUUCCCGAGGCCUUGAGUUUUCCCUGCUAACGGAAGCUCAUGAUUCAGCUGGAGAAACCGGUGCUGACUGGUACCAUGCCGGUGGUAUGGCCCACUAUCCUCGACCUUGGCAGGGAUGAGUGCAAAAGGAUACUUCGGAAACUUGAGCUGGAAGCUUACGCCAGUGUCAUCAGUGCCCUGCGAGCUCAAGGCGACUUGACAAAAGACAAGAAGGAUCUGCUGGGAGAACUGACAAAGAUCCUCGGCAUCUCGACAGAGCGGCACCGUGCAGAGGUUCGCAGGGCCGUCAAUGAUGAGCGCCUCUGCACCAUUGCGUACCACAUGGCGGGUCCAAACAGCUCGUCCGAGUGGGCCAUCGAGGGACGCCGGCUCGUUCCGCUGAUGCCAAGGCUGGUCCCUCAGACGGCUUUCACGGUGACCGCUAACGCAGUCGCCAGCGCCACAGCCAAUCAGAAUGCCUCCCUUCUGUUGCCAGCUGAAACAGGGAACAAAGAAGUGGUUGUGUGUUACUCCUACACGAGCACAACGUGCACCUCCACCAGCUCCACAGCGACCAGCGGCGCCAUGGGCGUAGCGUCCAAAUCCCCACGGCCGCCCAGCCCCUCCUCCAGUGUGGUGGUGCUGCCCAGCGGAAGCACCGUCUACGUGAAAAGCGUGAGCUGCUCGGACGAAGACGAAAAGCCACGCAAGCGAAGGCGCACCAACUCGUCAAGCUCAUCUCCGGUGAUGCUGAAGGAGGUCUCCAAAGUGUCGCCACCCGUCGCCAAGAACAUGGUGGCGCCGGUGAGCGGCUCCCCCAAGAUGAGCAACAUCAUGCAGAGCAUCGCCAACUCACUGCCGCCCCACCUGUCACCCGUGAAGAUUACCUUCACCAAGCCCACCAUCCAGACCACCAGUGCCACCACGCAAAAGGUGAUCAUCGUGACGACGUCCCCCAGCUCCAACUUUGUGCCCAACAUCCUGUCCAAGUCGCACAACAACGCCGGCGUGUCCAAGCUGGGGUCUACCGCCAUUCUGACCACGCCCACCCAGAAACAGACAGUGGUCUUCCCGGCUAGCUCCACCACUGUCGCCGUCACUACGGUGGUGUCCUCUACGCCCUCGGUGGUCAUGUCCACCGUCUCCACAUGUGCUGCCUCAGCAGGAGUGAAAGUAGCCUCAGCCAGGCUCCCCUCCCCAAAGACCCUGGUGGGCUCUUCGACUCAGAUCCUGACCCAGUUCCCCAAGCAGCAGUCUCCCAAACAGCUGCAGACCUCGCCCAUUGGUACUUCUAGCGUGAGCCAGGCCCAGAGUGGCGCCACUACCUCGCCAGGUGCAAAGCCUACCAUUCAGAUCAAGCAAGAGUCUGGAGUGAAGAUCAUUACUCAGCAGGUUCAGCCUAGCAAAAUCCUGCCCAAGCCAUCAUCGGUGGCUCUGUCCAGCAGCAGCUCCUCCCCCAUCAUGGUCGUCAGUAGCAAUGGAGCCAUCAUGACCACUAAACUGGUCACUCAGCCCACAGCUACGCAGGCCACCUACACGAGGCCAACCAUGACUCCCAACAUCGGUGCCAGAAUCUCAACCUCAGCCGGCGGCGCCACCUAUGUCAAGACCACAAGUGGGAGCAUCAUCACGGUGGUGCCCAAGUCCUUAGCCACUCUGGGCGGGAAGAUCAUCAGCAGUAACAUCGUGUCAGGCACCACAACAAAGAUCACCACCAUCCCCAUGACGUCCAAACCCAACGUCAUUGUGGUUCAGAAAACCACAGGCAAAGGAGCGACCAUUCAGGGGCUGCCCGGCAAGAACGUGGUCACCACGCUGUUGAACGCAGGGGGCGAGAAGAGCCUACAGGCUGUUCAGGGUACCAAACCAGCCAUCAUCACCACCUCCAGGCCCAUCACCAAGAUGAUCGUCACCCAGCCCAAAGGCAUGGGCUCUGGCUCGCAGUCCACCGCCACCAAGAUCAUCCCGACUAAGAUUGUCUACGGCCAGCAAGGCAAGACCCAGGUGCUCAUCAAGCCCAAGCCAGUGUUCCAGGCCGCCGUGGUGAGCGAACAGACCCGGCAGCUGGUCACCGAGACGCUUCAGCAGGUGACGCGCUCGGCUGACGUGGGGCAGGUUGUGGGUCAGGAUGUUUCUGCCAAGGACGACAGCGGCGGCUUCACGGAGAGCAGCAGCGGCAGCUCGGUCGGCGAGACGUCCCACAGUAGCGAUUCCCAGCCUGUGCUCCACGUGGUGUCCUCCAGAGAGCACGAUUGGACCGAGCAGGAAGUGGCGGUAGAAUCCACCCCGACUAUCAUCUAUCAGGAAGUGUCUGCCGGCGAAUCCCAGUCUGCCACGUCCACCAUUAAAGCUCUGCUGGAACUGCAGCAGACCUCAGUGAAGGAAAAGGGCCAAGAGUCCAAGACCAGGCAGCACACCAUCGACUUGAGCCAGAUGGCCGUACCCAUUCAGUUGGCCCAGGAGAAGAAAACCAGCCCGGAAGCCUCCAGGCCGACCAGCUCAGAGGCCGAAGCCGGCUCUGACGUCAUCACAGCAGGUAAAGUCAGCCAGGUGGGCGUGUCCUCGGGAGACAGCGUGGUCAUGGCCUCCGCUCAGCAGCCGCAGCAGGGGAAGCCUUACAAGAGCCAGAUCACCACGGUAACCAAACCAGCUGCCGCCCCGCCUGCAGCCACAGUAACGCACAUCAGCCUCGGGCCCCCUGACGGUAAAACGGACUCCGUGUUGGAGGUCAGUGAGCUGGAAGGCGACACUUUAGACCCCCAGACGGGUUUGUUUUACCGCUCCACCAGCCAGCCAGCAACAGACUGCGCCAAGCACUCAGCCACUGCCGCUCAGCCGUCAGUCGUGAGCAGGCCGGACACCGAGCAGCCACCGCCGCCACCACAACUGCAGAGCAAACCUCAAAUCAGCCAGCCUUCCUCUGCAACCUUUUCCGCCGCGCCCCAUUUGACCAAGAAACUCCCCAAACUCAGAGAGCAGAGUCAGCCCAAACCUCAGGGGUCCGUCACGCCGCCAGGCACGCCCAUCAAGCUGCCAGUGACGCCGCAGCUGCCCAAGCUCCAGCAGGCGCCCACAUCCCACCACAGGCCUCUGCACACGUCCAUGUCCCACCCGCCUCCGCUGCAGGCGCACCACCCUGUCAGUGCAGAGAAGACCGCCUCCAGCCAGCAGCCAAUCAUCACUCAGAGCGCCACCGUCACCAAGAUCACCUUCGGCAGCACUCAUCACCCAUCGCCCGUCUUUAGUGGCGAGGCGGUCGCCAAAGUCAUUCCGGAGUCCAGCUCGGGCCCGCCGGCGGACAAGACCUCCGUGUCGGACAUCCUCAAGAUCUCCAUGAUGGAGGCUGAGAUCGACCCCAGCACCGAGCCCAUGGUGGUGGACUCCUCCAGCGACUGCACCCCCGUAGGGAAACAGCUAGAGGUCCUGGGAGUCUCGGGCACGCUGGACUCGGGUCAGUUCAUCAGCAGCUCAGCAGCGGCGGCUGCAGCAGCGCAUCAUCACGCCCACUCCAAAGCGCAGCAGUUCAGCCACGUGCAGCCCAGCAAAGGAGACAUGGAAGUCAUCGAGGUGAUCCCUCAGUACUCCAUCCUGCCGGACUCCAGCCAGUCCAACGUUGUGGUGGAGCCCAGUGGCUUCCUGGAGAUCACAAACUACACCAGCCAGCAGCUGGAGGAAGACAGCCCCAUGGAACAGGAAGUGGACAGCAGCAACGACGAGGCGGUCUCCGCCAGCCCCCCUGACCAGCCGUAGUCGCGUACACACUCAUAACAGUUUCUGUGGCAUGCAAGGCAUUCGACAAUGACUCCAAGCGGAGCCACGUGCCACAUUGGACAACAUCAUGUUUGAUAGGACUGCACUUUUUGUGGACAUUUCACCUUCAGAGUUCCUCACUAAAGACUUGAUGUUUUCUGCCAAGCGACUUGAUGAACUUUUUAGAAGGCACCGCAGCUUUGUAACUCUCCUAUGGAAUCAACUUUUCAUAGAACUUGCAGGACAUUGCGUUUCUACGAGGGGUAUUAAGAUUAACGUAGUCCCAGAAGAUACAUACACGGAUACAUACAUACAUACAUACAUACAUACAUGCAUAUUAUUGUGUAUUCUCAAUGAUGUGAUGUUUCACAAGAAGGACUUAAUGUAUGUAUUAUUUUUUGUAAGAUAUAUCAUGGAGAUCAUCUUAGAAAUACUGCAUAGUGUUUGAUCUAUGCCUUUCCUUUUAUACAUUUUCAAAGUACACAAAUUGAGAGGAUUCGUUUAAUCUAAAAAAUAAAUCGUCCUGAGUAGAAAACCCCCCUUCAUAUUCUUUGUUUUUAUUGUAAGGAGGGAAAGGCGUGUGUAUUUCCAUUUUUUUCUCUUUACCUGAAAAAAUUAUUUUAAUUUUAGAUUAAUUAAAGGGGGGAGGGGGGGAGUUUACAAAAUUUGGUGAUACUGUACAAGUUUUUUCCCUUUUAAGUUGGAAACCAAGAAAAUGACUUUUUUUUUUUUAAGAUAAAAAGAAAAACAAGUCACACAAUGUGGAAAUACAUGUUUUCCCUCUUUUUAUCCAGAAUCAUUAGAAUUUUUAGAAUUGUUUUAGAUAAACGCACACAGUUUGGAAAUACAUGGUUUCCCUUUUUAUCCACAACACUUUUUUCCAUUAAAAAAAAUGAAAUAAAAAAAAAUGCAAAACAUGUUUUUCCUUUCCACAAAAUAGCUUUUAUUCAUUCAGAAAAUACAAUCAUAAAAUUUGAAGCAACGCAUCCAUGACAAUUUUGACAAAAAGAAAAGCUAACCGAUGUAAAAUGUCCACUUAUUUUGCGUAACUUCCUGUCUUGUUUUGAAAUUGUAGAGGAAAUAGCACACUGCGCAGAGCUAACUCGUUCAAGUUCUAUUCUGCGUAAAAUGACGUGUGCGUAUUUUCCCCUGAUCAUUUUAGUGAAAUUCUGAAUUGCACGAUUUCGAGGGUAUUUGACUUUACUGCUCCUCGAGGAAUUUAUGUUGAGCCCCCCACCCCCACUAGCAAAAAGUGUGUAUAACAUCUGAACCAAGCAGUACUUUAAUGCCUUCCUGCAGCACACUCCUCUGACUUUUAUCCUCCACACGUUUGAAAGUGAUCCACAUCCGGCCUGAAGAUUCCGACUGGUUGGCGUCCAGCUCGAGACAUGUGGCUCUGCUUAACUUGAUGCUGACUUAGCGCCCACCCCCCACCCAGCUUGUUUAGAUGGGUGAUACCCAUUUUCUCUGCUGACUCAGGCAUUUAAUCAACUACGCCUUUAAAAUACCACAUUUUUAAAAUUCAUUCAUACCUCAUUAACAUUCACCUCUGAUAAAAAUCCAAUUCAAUUCACAAUUCAAGACGUUUGUGGCAGGGGAGGUCACAGUUACUCAGGACUACUUCAAACAAUAUAUUUAUAAUUACUUUGCUUUUCCUUGUGUUGCAACUUUUCAGUCAACUGCUUUGGAA